UGUAAAUAUUUUAAAUUUUAGCGUUUCAAUGGAUACAAGCAUAACUACUGCCAAGAAAAAGAUAUUAAGCAGUGAGGAAUAUGCGCGCAUUUGUCAAUUUAUUAACACCUACCAGGGUGGCCUGGCUAUUGACUGUGAAUUGGAAAUGGUAAAUCGUAUUUUCACGGACGUGGAACCCCUGGCUCUGAUCUGCAUACUUCAGAGUGAGCUGUUUAAUAAGUCGCGCGGGCAGCAUUGGAAGCACGAACAGCGCAGCAAACAUCUGCUCAAAACAUAUGAAGAUCAAUGUCACCAGUACCAUGAUAAUGGUCUUAUCAUACGCAUGGCGUGUGUGGAAGGUAUGACUCCAAUAGCGCUGUGCCGCCUGUUGCUGCAGGAGAAGUACGAACUGAAACAAAGAUCUCAAAUAUCCCGCUUACUUAAGCAGCCGCAUUUAAUCAAAGAUUCUUGCCUGGGCGCCAAUGUGCAGCAGUGUGUGUACAGUGAUAAUCAAGAAGGACCUAUUACUGAUUUACGACGGCGUAUUGUUGGCGAAGAGUACGAGUUGAAGCUCAAGCAACUGGCAACGGAAGCAGGCAUACAUUUCUAUGAUGAACACGAUCUACGACGGAUGGGAUAUGACAAGACACCUGACAUUAAAAUUAUAUUACCAUUUCUAUACAAGGGCUGUAUUGUAAACUGGAUUGAGAGCAAAGCUAACUUUGGUGAUCCUAAGAGUCAUAUGUGGAAUAUACAACAACAGCUGCAGAGCUAUUGUAAUCGUUUUGGACCUGGCAUCAUCAUCUAUUGGUUUGGCUAUCAAGAAGAAACAUCACAGCUACCUGAUAAUAAUAUUGGCAUAACGGUGCUUACAGACUUUCCCGCCCGAGAAGAUUUGGUUUUCAUGGAACUGACAAAUCCAGCCCCAAUAGACGACAAAGCAAGUGUUCAAAUCGUUUAGCAUUAAUUUUUUUUACUACUUGACAGGAAAAUAAUUAACAAUUUUUCAAUUUUUAUUGUAUUUAUAAAUUCUCAUUUACAUGAACGUUUUUGCCACUCAUUUUCAAUUAUCGUACAAAUACGCAUUUUUUGUUUUAUCUUUUGUAGGCAUAAAAUGUAUAAAACUAGAAAAUAUAAGAAUUGUUUAUAAACGCAAAACUUGCACAUUAAUUAAUGUUUCGGCAGAGAAAGUUAAUCAUUAGGGUAAUGUAUUUAUGAUAUUGCUAUUACUUUGC